CAGCACCUGCUUGAUUAUAGUAUACCUAUUUCACGAGUAUCCAUCACGGUGGAAUGACAGCUGAUUGUAAUAUUUUGUUUUUUCGGACGCUACAGAUUCAUUUUGUACUUGCUAACAGCUCUUUUAUGUAGAAAAGUUCAUUUAAAUACAAAAAGCAAAACGCAACAAACAAGUUUUACUAGAUUUACUCCCGAGCCAUUAUUGCCAACGUCGCAGACAGUAGAUGUCAAAACGUGAUGGAUACUCGUGAAAUAGGGUAUACCUACAAAUUUACAAUCACAAAACACAAGAUUGAUUUACAGUCCAGUGUAUAUGUUUUGUGUUUACAAUCACAACACAGAUUUUCUGUAUCAAUGUGCCCAGUUCUGGAAGAUUACUAAACUAGAAAUUAUACCUACCAAAUAUGAAAAGAUUAGGCCGUAGACACUAUAGGCAGGACGAAAAGUAGAAAGCAGUCGAUAUAAAGCAAGCAACGAUGACGAAAAAUAAAUUAUUACGUAUAACCCAAAUAAAUGCUGCCCAUUUAGAUAAGGAAAUCUACAAUACUUUUAAUACAAUUCUUCGAGAUGCUAUGAAAAACUUACCACCACAAAUUACAGCACGUUGUGAUCUGGAAAUAAGUCUUUUGCUAAAAUUAGCUCUUACAUACAAUUCCGUUGUGAAAUCUGGAAGUACGUUUGGUCAACAGCUACUAUCAAUAAAAUACAAUCAGAUUUCACCUACCCAGAAAGCAUUGUACCUCAUAUCUGAGUGUUUAGAUUAUGUGAGAGUUAAACUAGAUAUGUGGAAACCUACUCACAGGAUCAAUAGUACCAUAUUCAACAUCUAUGUGUUGAUAAAAAUGCUGGAAUAUGUCAAUUUGUCUAUGUUCCUACUAAGUGGAGAGAAGCCUUUACUUAUCGAUAGAGUAUUGGGUUUGCAGCAGGUAUAUGCUAUCGAAAAUGGCCAAAGGCAGUUUGGUUCAAAGUAUCUUGCAAGGGAGUUACUGUGGAAUGGAUUUAUUGAAAUCCUAAUUUAUAUUCUACCAUUAAUCAACUAUCACAAAAUGAAAAGAAUAGUGAGAAGCUGGAAUUGGAUGCACAAAAAGCCAAAACGUCCGGUUGAGGAGAGAGUAAUGACAGUAGCAACAAAGUGUACUUAUUGUGGGGAGAAUCCUAUCUCACCUUACCACAUGGGUUGUCCACAUAUAUUUUGCUACUAUUGUUUAAAAGCAAAUCAGGCAGCCGACGCAAAGUUUGAGUGUCCUGUUUGUGAAAGUGGGUUUUUCAACAUGAUUUGUGAUCCAGUCGAGUCAUUUUGACCACAUUUGUUGUUUUACAAAAUGUUUGUUUUAUUACUCUUUUGAAUGUGAUUUCUUAGUUGGAAAUUUUUUAUUUAACAUAUUCUGUAUACAGGGUGACAGGUAAAUAGGUGUAAAACAUUUUAGGAGGUGAUAGUACAGCCCCUUUGCUAUCGAAAUUAGUAUAUAAUACCAUACCCUAUAUUCAAAGGUUGAAAAGUUAUUGAAGAUUUAAGAUUUUUUUAAAAACAAUCCAGGGUACCAGUGAAUGAACGCGUUAGGCCUUUUUCAAAGUAACCACUAAUUUUAUAAAUCCAUAUUAUAAGGUAACAUUUAAAAAAAAUACUAAAUACUCGCUGUUUCAGUUGAGAAUAUAUAUUUAAAAUCACAUUUUCACAAACUUACAUAUUAUUCAGUAAAAAAAUAAAAUAAUUAACCAUUUCACUAAAUCCUAGUUAAUGAACACGUGUUGCCAGUAAAUGAACAAUGUGUAUCUAGUAAAUGAACAUAAAUUCUAAUAAAUGAACAAUGGGUAUCUAGUAAAUGAACUAACUGAAUCCUACACAUUUUUGGUACUACAUCUAGGUUGCGUUAACUUAAGAUUAGAAAUCUAUAACUAUAGAUUGAUUUAGAUAUGACCAGGUGCCUAUUCUAAAGGUAAGUAUUUCUCUAUUUCAUUGCAUUCAAAUAUGCCCCUACGAAUUAAUCUUGGUUCAGUAAUUUGUUCUAAAAUAGACGCUUUAUUGUACCAAAUUUGAUCAACUCGACCGGGCCAUUUAAAAUGAUAUUUUCCUUCAAUAUCAACCUUGCACAUAGUCUGCACUUCGUAUUCCUCGCCUUCUAUAUUCUUGACGAUUCCUGGAAACGGCUUUUCAUCAUAAAGGACGAUUACAUAGGACCCAGUAUCAGGUCCAGAUGAGUUUGAAUUUUCUUCUGCGCCGAUAUUAUUUUCCUUCAUAUCGAGCGAGUCAUUUCCACCACUUUUGCGUUCUGUAUGAUUCUUAAUGUUGUCUUUUAUCUUAGUUUUACGUUUAGGAUUAAUCUUCUUGGUUUUAGCCUUCAAAUUGACCUUCAAUUUUCGUUGUACUCUCAGUUCUUCUUUUUUCUGUUUCACUGCUUCUUUCUUAUCCAUAAAUUCUUUAAACUUCUUAGAAGUAAUUGCGUACGGCAUACGAGUGUUAUCGUUAGAUUUACGUUUUGUAGACUUCACUGGUUCACUAGGCCAACGCAAAUGUUGCGACCACACCUCUUUCUCAUCUAUAACCUUUUUCGGGAGCGUAUUUUCUGAAAUGUUGUCCGCUUCCGUUUUGUUCAUUGUGUUGACUUUCAAUCUUCUGUAGUUUUUCAGGUUUUGUCACGCUGUAGUUUUGUAAAAUACUUUCAGAUUCAUUAAUCAAAUUAACAUCUUCCAUCGUAAGCUGGUCUCCCCCUCUAUUCUUCACCAGGUCUUCGAGGGUAACAACACUGUGUACAAUAAUUUUUUUCGAAGGUUCUUCCGUAGCGCAGCUUACUGACUCGUCUAAUUGUUGGUUUUCCGUAGCACUACUGCACACUAUCCCGUCGAGUUCAAUAGGCAUACUAUUAAUAUCGAAUUCAUUGAAAUCAGAAAAAUCAUUUAUUAGUGAUUCAAAUUGAUCAUUGCACAAACUCCAAAUGUGAAAUAGUUGGUUUGUAGAUGAAUCUCCGAUAUCUCUCAAUCGACUAAACUGGUCUAAUAAGGGUGGAUCCCCAUAUGAUGUUCGAGAACUUUAAGAGUACUUUUAUAAUCUGCAGAAUUAACAGGAUUUGCAAUAGUUCGCACAACUUCAAACUCCCGAAUUUCUUUCGGCCUGUUCGAAAUACAUUUCGAAUAGUCUACUGCAUUUGGGUCAAAAGGAAAUAAACCGGUUACUCGAAAUCCAGCCAUUAUUGUUUCAGGUUUGAUGGCUUUAUCAAAAGCAUUUUUAAAUAGAGGUGCAAAGUUGGUUUUUGUGAUAGACUUUUGUGAAUCCUGUUUUUGCCUCAUAACAACAUCUUUCCAGGCUACUUUCAAAGCUUUGAACACCGCGACGUCACAGGGUUGGAGUAUGUGAGUAGCAUUAGGCAGCAAACAAAAUAAUAUAAUAUUGUUUUUUAUGCAAAAGUUGAAAAGAUCCAUGCUUAUGUGCGAUUUGUGUCCAUCUAACAGUAACAAAACGGGUAGUUUUAUAUUAUUUUCUUCCAACCACGGAUAGAAGAUAUUGGCUACGAAUUCGUAAAAUGUCGCACUCACCAUCCACCCUGAAUCCGACCGACCUAUUCCCCAAUUAUCUGGCAUAGAUGUAACAAUAUCCCGAGGUAUUCUUUUGUAUGGAUACACCACCAUCGGAGGUACACAGACACCUGCCGCCGAGAAAGUGCAAAGGACGGUAAUGCACUCUUUCUCUGGUCCACUUGCCAGCUCAUAAAAGUUCUUAUAAUUUUUUGGACCUAACAAUUUUCCCGAUUUUGGACAUGUCUGCAACCCUGUCUCGUCUGCGUUAAAAAUUCUUUCAGGGCAUGAUAGAAUAUCCUCAGCAUUUUCGCUGAUUAGAUAAUCCUUUAGUUCACCGAACCAUGUCCGAAUGCCUUCUUCUGUAACUGAUGCUCGACCUUUUGAAAUUAUUUCAGUGUUUCGCUUCGUAACAUUGGGGUGCCUUUGAAGAAAAAGUUUCAUCCAUUUUUUUCCUGGCCUAUCAUCUGUGAAAACAUUUGGUCGUUUCACAAUUUUCAAAACUCGUUGAACUGAAUCUUUAACUUCGUCUGGGUCCAUUGGAAAACCUAACAUUGCUUUGGAUAAAAUCCAUUUUUCUAGAUUGGCCUCCUCUUCCAUUGUAAGAAUGGUUGUGGGUCCCAUUUUUCUCACUGCAGGCACUUUGCCUCUUAAUUUAUUCGAUAAAGUACUUUUCGGAAUUCCAUAUUUUUUACUUGCUUGGGAAAUGUUCAAUUUUGAUUGUCUGAUGAACUCUACUGCCUCUUGUAGCUGCGCCUCCGUGUAUCGAAAUCUCUUGUUUUUUUUGGAUUUUCCAUAUCUAUAAAAAGACAUCAUCAUACCAACCCAUCUUUCCACGCAAGUAAGUAUAAUAUUAUGUAGGACAAAAGGGAAUUUGUUAACGAUCAUUCACUGGGUAUUGAAAUUUACUUCGGGAUCCAAUAAAUGAACGAUUUAUAAAAGAGCGUUCAAUUACUGGAUCGGGGCGUAAAUUUAACGUACCACUAUUGUAGACUGAAAGAGCAUAUAAGGAUCUUACGAUAUGAAGAACAAGGAUGAAUUUCAUUUGCAUGUUGAAAUACCCAGUCAAUGAACGAUCUGUUCAUUUACUGGUUUAUCAAUGGCACCAAUGAAUGAACGACUAUAUUUUCUAUUUUGGCGGGAAGUUAGCGUUUUCUAGGUUAUGUUUAGUAUUAAAAAGGAGUAUAUAGGUGUCUUAUUCAAGUAUUUAUUCACAUUACUGCUGCUAUGUGAGCAACAUCCUUAUUAUUGAGAAUAGCUACUUACCUAAGACGUUAUAGCACUUGCUCCGAUAUACCACAAGACAAGAAAUGUGAAUUUUUCUGCCGCCGACACGUUCGUUCACUAGAUCUCAGAAGUGUUAUUUGUGAAACAAGUUAAGACAAACGUUCAAAAUAUGAUGUCAAUUCAUCAAAAAUAAGGCUAGAGGGGAGUCGAAUCUUAAAAAAUAGCUAAAUUUGGGCUUUUGUUCAAUUACUGGUACCGUUCAUUUACAGGUGCAUUUACCCCAUAUUUCAGAGUAAAAAAGUCGAGAGAGAAAAAAGUUGGCGAUUAAACAUUUGUUUUUUGUGGUUUUGGGUUAUUAUUUCAAUAAUUAACUAUUAUAAAUUAAAAAAGAUCAGAAAACAAUACCAAACAACGUAUUUAUUUUCAUUCAAAAAUGUUUAAGUAAGAAAAACAAAUAACGUUUUACAGUAAGGUGUUUUACAAAAGAAUUAGUAUACAAAAAACGUACAAACAAUUUAAAUAAUAUCCUUGUUUCAUAAGGAGUCUAAAUUGGUAUGAUAAGUGCACAAAAACUGUGUGAAACUAAACAUAAUGUAUUGUAAUACAACAAUAGGGAGUAAAUUUACCAAUGGCUUGUCUCCUAUUUUCACAACUCUCUGAUUGAUAAGAAAGUGUUUUUGUAAAAAUAAUGUAACUGUAAGCUAUGGGAUAGUUAUUAUUUUAAACUACGCUUAAGUUACACGAUUAGAUUAUUUACACAGUUGUAAUUAUACUACAGAAUAAUAAAAACUGACUAAAAGUUACUAUAAUUGGUAAGUAAAAUACAAUAAUGAAAUGAAGGUAAAAUCCAUUGCAAUUGUUGUUCGAACUGACGCCCGCCGUUUCUUAUGCAAGCCCGUAGUCUUUUUCUCAUGUUGGUACGCGUGUCAGCAGCAGCAAUAAUUCUUUCAACUGUGCAAGAGUGUCUAUGGGCUCAGCGUACACCAGUGACUUCAUGUGCCCCCCAUAAAUAAUAGUCAUACGGUGUUAAAUCUGGGCUCCUCGCUGGCCACGGUGUCGGUCCACCUCGGCCAAUCCAGCGACAAGGAUAUUUAUCGUCCAGGCACUGUCUAACACCCAGACCGAAAUGCGCGGGACAGCCAUCGUGUUGGUAGAUCAUCUGCAUCCUGAUAUUCAGAGGCAGGUCUUCGAGAUACUCCCAGAGUUCGGAUCUCAAAAAGUUUUCAUAGGAUUCGCCAUUCAGGUUGUCAGGCAAAAAAACUGGUCCAAUUAGAUACGUAUGAAUGAUUCCCAUACACACGUUUGCCGAAAAUCUUCUUUGAUAGUCUCUUGGCUUUGCCAUGUGGGGUUUUGCUUCUCGUGGGGCCCAAUAAUGUAAGUUGUGAUAAUUUGUUGUCCCCUCUCUGUCAAACUUAGGCUCGUCAGUCCACAAUAUUUUAGUUAAAUAGUCGUUUUCUUCUUGAUCCCGAUGAAGCAUGUAUCGACAAAAAUCAAUUCUUCUUGCGGGAUCUCCUUCUUCUAAUACUUGAACCGGUGUUUAAUGGAAAGGGUAAAGUCUCGCCGAAUGCAAAACGAACCAAACUUUCCACUGAGUUAAACCAAGCUGCUUUGCUAUAACUCGUGUAGACCUCGUCGGGUCUCUGCCGUAUCAUUCCAGUAUUGCCUCUCGAUCUUCGUCGUCAAACAACCGAGGUCUACCAGUAUCAUGACGUCUCUCAUGAACCUGUCCACUUUCCUUGACGCGUUGGUACACAGAAGCAAAUACUCGAUGACUCGGUAUUAGCCGAUUCGGAAAACGGUUUUCGUAUUCUCGCCUGGCUUCAACGGAAUUUCCAUCACUUAAACCAUAACAAAACAGAAUAUCAGCGUAUUCUUCGUUACGGUAACUCGCCAUUAUUAAAACUGAUCAAAAAAGUAAAAGUACGUCCUACCGCGUUAAAAGUUGAUAUUCUACUAAAUAACCUAAGCGUUAGUUCCCUUUCCUUGAUCCGUCAGCUGUGUCAAUUCAUAACAGACGCAGAGCUUGCUUCCGAGGAGCGGCGACAGAUUCCGAAUACUUAAACCCGAAUAACGGCACAGGGCACAAAAAAUAACAAGAAGGGUCGAACCAUGAAAGGCUGGGUUUACCUGCUCAGUACAAUGAAAUGCGCUUAGCGGUCCUUUCUAGCAAAGUAAUAUUGUUUUGUUAAAUGGUUUACUUACUGAUAUGUUAUUAUACCAUUUUAGAAAUCUAAUGAAUCAUGGAAGGUUAUUUGUACAUUUUCUUUAUUAUGAUUUUUUUGAAAAAAAGACUUCUUAAUGUGAAAGAUGAAAAUAAAAAUUUUCAUUUAACAUUUAAAUGAAAAUAAAUAUGUUUUCAGUAGUGUUUUCAUAUGUUUUUUAAUUUAUGAGAAUUAUUUAUUUAAAUAAUAACCUGAAAACACCAAAGAAAGAAUGUUUAAUCACCAACUUUUUUUUAUCUCAACUAUUUUACUCUGUAAUCUGGGUUGUUUUUUUUAAAAUUAAAUCUUUUAUAACUGUUUAACCUUUAAAUAUAGGGUAUGGUAUUAUAUACUAAUUUUAAUAGCAAAUGAGCAAAUGUUUUACACCUAUUUACCUGUCACCCUGUAUAAUAUAUGUCAUUGGUCAAUAAAUUACAUGGGAUGUUCACAAAAUUUGUAAUCUCUAUAUUUUUUCAAAUUUGGGACAUUCCUUUACACGACGCAUAGAUCUUGGUCAAAUAAUCGAUAUUUUGCUACAAAUUCUUAAGAUUACCGAGAUGUUAGGCUCCGCAAAUCAAUCAACGGCCGCUUUUGUAAACAAAACCUUCUACGUCGUUCUAAAAAAAAAAAAAUGGCACACUCUUACAGCGAACAAUAUCGGGUUAUCCAUAUUAUUUUAAUUUACGGUGUCUUUAAAAUGCUACCGAGGCUUCUCGAGUACAUGCAGAUUCUUUUUUAAGUCCUUCCUGAUUUCUUUUUGUUGCGAUCAAGUUUUGCAUCUUUGACGGCAUAAGUAAAUUGAUAGUCAACUUGCGUGCUCGAGAAAUUUUGUUACAUUUAGUGGCGCCACCUUUACGUGUUCCUCGGGUAAAACCGCGUUCAAUAGAAUUUUAGCGAUAUUCAACAUGAACAUUGGGCCCAUUCCACUCAUUUAAGGAAAAGUUGGAUAUACGUGGUACAUGUAGCCCUGAAAUUGUAACAUGAUGUAUUGUUAUGACAUAAUGAAUUUUGGAAGAUGAAAAAUUGAAUUUGUACUGUAUAUCAAUAUA